CUCCACCUCCCAGCGCGGCGGUUUCGGACCCUGCUACAGCAUUACGGGAGCAGUUCGGCGACAGGAAGGUUGACAUAUCGAGAAAGAUCACAGCCUGCGUCGCCUGCAGGAAACAGAAGAUCAAAUGUCACAUGCGCGAUGGGCAAGCGCCCUGCACACGAUGCAAGAAGAGAGGUUUGUCAUGCACGGUGAACAAGAGUCUACAAAUGAUUCUCGAAAGCGACGUCGAAUGGAAACAUAUCAUGGAACGCAAACUCCGCAAUCUCGAAGCCGCCGUUAUGAGAGCUGGGAUCGAUCUGCCCGACGAAGAUGACAUGGAGCAAGAUGAAGAUAGCCCGGAGAACAUGGCAGCAGAGCGAUCGAAGUCUGUACCUUUACCACGAAUAUCGCAGCAAACGGACGGCAACACUCCUCAAAACUACGAGAUCGUCAUGGAUCCCGAUUCUGGACCGGCCGCUAUUCCUGGCUCGGUCGUGUCUCCCAUCGCCAUGCCUGGGCUGGAGAACAAUCGAGCGAGCCAGGACAUCAUCACUCGUGGGAUCGUGACGGUUCAGCAAGCGCAGGCGUAUCUCGACAUCUAUCAGAACCGGCUGGAUCAUUUCUUGUACCGCAUCAUCGGUGAUCGGAAGGAUUUGAAAGAGGUGCGUGCAGCUUCACCUCUUCUGUUGGCGGCCAUAUGCUCGGUCGGAGCACUUCAUCUUGCAACCCCAGACUUCGAGCGCUGCUACCAGGAAUUUGUGACCAUCGCCGCGGCACAAACAUUCUCCCGCCGCAACAAUGUCGACGACAUUCGCGGUCUGGUUGUUGCCGCCUUCUGGCUGAGCAGCAUCUCCUGGACUUGCAUCGCCUUGGCCGUGCGAAUCGCAACCGAUAUCGGAUUGCACCGAAGUAUCGUAAAAUGCCUCAACGGUGACCGAAACCACUACCUCCGUACAAGACUGUGGUAUCUGGUCUACGUCUGCGACCACCACUUCUCCGUCGCAUACGGUCGACCGCCACUGACAAGACAAUGCGACGCCAUCAAAGCAUGCAAGGAGUUCCUCGAAUGCGAGCACGCGGUCGAAGACGAUGCUCGGCUCAUCUCGCAAGUCCAGAUCUGGGGAGUCGGCGGCGACAUAUACGAGUGUUUCGGAAUGGACGUCGACAAGCCGCUCGAUCCGGCCAGGAUCAAUCAGAUGCGACAUUUCAGCAUGCAGCUGGACAAAAUCCGAGAUCACUGGUCUUCCCGCUUCCGCGAGAACAGGUAUGUUGGCAACUAUCCUCGAAAGGGAGUCAAUCUGCAUUCGCACUUCCUGAAGCUGUACCUCUACUCCAUGGCCUUCCGCGGAAUCGGCUCUUCUUCUUUCAAAGCUCCAGAUGUCGCUUCUGACAUCGACUCCCUUGCAAACAAGUCCCUCAUCGCCGCGACCAGCAUUCUCGAGGCUGUCGUCAGUGAUGCCGAGAUCCAGAACCACCUGAACGGUCUUCCAACCUACUUUGACGUCAUGAUCGCCUUCGCCGUGGUCUUCGUGCUCAAGCUCUCGACCAAGUACGCCAAUUCCGUUCCCGUCGACACGAGCAUGGUCCGGACUCUGGUGGAGAACGUCGUCGUGGUGUUGAAGUCAGUAACGGCGAACAUGCACUCCCGCCAUUUGCUGAGUAGCGUGGCGAAGGGCGCGGAGACGCUGCUGGAGAAGUGCUGGCCGCAGAAUAAGCAGCGUCCUGUGCCGGCCAAUGCGAACGUCAUACUGGGCCAGCCAACGUUCGAUGAGAGUAUCUAUGACAUGUCGAAUGAUUGGAAUGGUGGAGCGACGGUCGAUAACUUCUUCAUGGGUAUGUUGAUGCUGAGAUGCUUGCCGAGGAAGGAUUGAUUGCUGACUGACGUUUUGCGGAUAGGCGAGUAUGACUUCUUGUCGAAUCAGGAUGUCAUGAAUGCGUAUCAGCCGGAUUUGAAUUAUGCCAUGCCACCCAGCUACGGGCGUUGAGAUCUCGCUGGUGGUCGAUCGACUAGAAGCUUGACACGAAUUCUGGAUGGCUGAAGUGCAAGCCCGAAUCGAGCUACAAGUUAUGAUGAGUGCCGUCAGGAGCGAGUACUCAUCUUCAGCACCCAGUCGACCUCAGCAAAGACCGUACUGCC